UGUGAGUCGUACUUAAUUUUCGAGCAGUCGUAAGUAGAAACAAAAAUGCCAGGUGAAUCUUCGUUGGCCAAAAAAGAUCCUAGGCGAUGGCUAGAUGUUGCGUUCUUCGAAAAAGCACUUCGACACGGCACGAAUGAUAGGUCACUUGCCGUUGAGGAUUUCUUCAUUUCUGUUCAACGAAACGCCGCUGAGCAGUUCGCUAGUUCAAUUUAUCGGGCCAACGUCCGGUAUCGUUCCAAGGGUAAGGUGGAGCCAGCAGCCCUUGCUGUGAAGUUGGUGUCUUCGAAGGUAAACCGGUCGUCUGAUGAAUUAUCUUAUGAAAAUGAAUCACACAAGUACAGAGAUGUGGUCAAUCAGAUGCAGGAUUUGUUGAAGCAAGCUGGAGAGUCGAAUUACCAGUUGACUCCUAAAUUUUUAUAUGCGUGUGCUGAUCCAAGGCCUGUGAUAGUGCUAGAAGAUGCAACUGCAAAGGGAUUCGAAGUUCACAAAACUCAAUUAGAUUCUGAAGGAUCCAAGGUUGUUUUAGCUAAGUUAGCAAAGUUUCAUGCCGCUUCCCACGCUUUACUAAAAGAUGUUACGAACAAAAACUUAAUUGAAAACUCAACGGGGCUAUUCAAUGCAAAGUCAAGCGAAGGAGUACAGUUUAUUAAGGAAAACUUCUCCAUUUUCACUGAGGAGUUGGCAAAAUGGAGUGGAUUUGAGAAAUAUUCUGCAAAACUGCACAAUGUAUUGCCAAAUUUUCAUCAGCUUAGUGAGAAAAUCUUUAGUCAAAACAGUGAAACAGCUUGUUUUGCGGUGCUGAACCAUGGGGACUUGAAUUACAAUAAUAUUCUAAAAAAAUAUAAUGACACCAAAACGUCAGUAUUAGAUGUUCUUUUCAUCGAUUUUCAACUUAGUUUUUGGGGUACACCUGCCGUCGACUUAUUUUAUUUCUUGUAUCUAGUGUGUGAUAAGCAGAACCGCGAGAGCAACAAGGAAUCGUUGAUCCAGUAUUAUCAUCAACAACUUACGGAAACAUUUAACAAAAUCGGAUAUUUGGGAAAGAUUCCAUCUUUGCAAGAGAUUAACAAUGAUUUACUAAAAUACGGAUUCUUGGAGGUGGUAAUCGCAGUUUGUUUCGUGCCUUUCCUGUUCGCCGAUUACAGUACUGCGCUGAGCACAUUUCAAGACAGCCAGGAUGCCAAAGAAUACAGACGGCAACUGUACAACAGUCCACAGUAUCGGAAAAUAAUUGAGCCGUUGCUGCCUUACUUUCUGCACAAGGGAUUUAUGCAGUAACAAGAGAAUAUAAUACCGCAUGGGAAAACUUUUCAUCCAAUACUUUCAAUAACUGAGUGUUUUAGGGAUGUUUUGAUUAUCAUAAAAAAAAAUUAAAACUCAUUAAACGUUG